GCAGCAGCAUUCACAGAAGAGAAAAUCCACACCUGAUACACCUGCAAACGCAAAUCGAAAUUCUCAAGAAUGUCAUCGGGUAAAAGUCACGUGGGUGGUAAGGAUGACCCUGUGAUGCAAUAUCUCCUGAAUCAUUCUCUGAGAGAGCACCCUGCCCUUAAAAAACUGCGCCUGAAAACUAUGGAUCAUAAAUGGAAUUUCAUCAUGGUGGCGUGUGAGCAGUCGCAGUUGAUGGCAAAUUUGGCUCAGUUAAUCAAGGCCAAGAAGGCUCUCGAAAUUGGUGUAUAUACAGGCUAUAACGCAUUGAGUAUUGCUCUCGUGCUACCGGAAGAUGGAAAGGUGAUUGGAUGUGACAUAAAUGAGGAAUACACCAACAUUGGUAGACCCUUCUGGAAAGAGGCGAGCGUUGAACGCAAAAUCGACCUUCGUCUGCAGCCGGCACUGAAAACACUUGAUGAGCUGUUGGCUGCAGGUGAAGCUGAGACGUUUGAUUUUGUCUUCAUUGAUGCUGAUAAACAGAACUACGACAACUACUAUGAGAAAUCUCUGCAGCUGGUCAGGAAAGGAGGAAUAAUUGCCAUAGAUAAUGUCCUGUGGAGCGGGCGAGUAGUGAAUCCAGCAGAGGGUGAUGUGGACUCCAUCAGCAUCGAUAAAAUGAACGAGAAACUUCACAAAGACGUCAGAGUGAAUCUGAGCAUGCUCACUGUGGGUGACGGACUUACGCUAGCAUUCAAACUCUGAGCUCGUAGGAGACACUAAGUGCUAUAACAGACUGAAGGAACUUCCAAAAACACUUAGUUCCAAAACCUAGUGAGCUGCCUUCCUGACGUAAAGGCUGUUCCAAAUGUUUGGUCUAGAUACCUUCUUUUGGGCCUAAUUUCCAGAAUGCAUUGCGACAAGAAAAUAAAUCAAGCAAUUUGGGAAAUGAAAGCAAUUUGAUUGAUUUUGAUUGGAUUUCAAAUACACUGGAAAGUAUUGAUAAAAUGCAUUACAUAGUUUUAUGCUUAUUUGAGUAUCGCAUUAACUUAGCAAACUACUGUGGAAUCAAUUGUAAGUCGAGUCUCACAUGCGCUUCACGCAAAGAGUGAUAUUUGUAUGAAGCACAGAGUUGCUGUCAAUGUAAAGUGUUCCAAAUCGAUCGCUUAUGAGGUUCCAUCAAUUUCAGUUAGGACGCUUGCCUCAGAGCGGAGCUGCUUAUGUAGGCAGUUGACAGCAAGGCAGUUCACUAGGUUUUGGAACAGAAUCUCGGUUUUCAAGAACAUGUGUGUUACAGUUAGGCCUGUCGCGAUUACUAAAUAACCGUCUGAUCGCAGUUAUUUGAGACAACCGCGAUUAUUGGGCAUUCAAAUUCCA